AUGAACAUCAAUGUAAAUGUGGAAUCACCGAGUACAUCUGCAGCAGGAGAACACGACGGCGAUGAUGAAGAACAAUAUGUUCAGCUUGGUAAUGUCAGAGACUACAAGGACGAUGUGACACCUCUGUUAAGCCCAAAACAUGUGCCGCUUGUUCUGGGAAAAGUGACGAAAGAAGCUGCGAUUGCAACACAUUCAGCACUUCAUGGGGGAAUGUCGCCUGAAAAAGAACAGCAAAUUCGUGAAAUCUAUGAUCGACUUGAUAUAGACAACGAUGGAACGAUAGAUAUUCGUGAUUUGACUCUCGCUCUAAAACAUGAAACACCACAUAUUCCAUCAAAUCUUGCCCCUGUCAUCAUGUCUAAAAUGAGUCCCGAUGAUGAAGGACGCGUUGAUUUUUAUAGUUUUUCAAGCUACGUUCUGGAAAAUGAGCAAAAACUCGCGGAGAUGUUUGCCGACAUGGAUCGGAAUCAUGAUGGAUUAGUUGACGUCGUCGAAAUGAAAAAUUACUGCAAAGAUAUUGGAGUGCCUUUGGAUGAUCAGAAAGCGCAGGAUAUAGUCAACAAGAUGGAUCAAACAGGCUCAGCAUCUGUUGGUUUGAAAGAGUUCCAAGAUUUCAUGCUACUUUAUCCAUCGUCAGAUAUGAAAGAUAUCGUAGACUUUUGGCGGCAUAACUUGAUUAUUGAUAUUGGAGAAGACAGUCAGAUACCAGAAGAUUUCAGUCAACAAGAGAUGCAAGACGGCAUCUGGUGGAGGCAUCUAGUAGCUGGAGGGCUGGCCGGUGCAGUAUCGAGAACUUGCACCGCUCCGUUUGACAGAAUCAAGGUGUAUCUUCAGGUCAACUCAUCAAAGACGAAUCGAUUGAGUGUAAUUUCAUGUCUGAAACUUUUACACGCCGAAGGAGGUAUCAAAUCGUUAUGGCGAGGAAACGGAAUCAAUGUGAUCAAAAUCGCACCAGAAAGUGCGAUCAAGUUUAUGUGCUAUGAUCAGUUGAAACGGUUGAUUCAAAAGAAGAAAGGAAGCCAAGAAAUCAGCACUUUUGAAAGAUUGUGUGCAGGAUCUGCUGCUGGUGCGAUAUCUCAAUCGGCCAUCUACCCGAUGGAGGUGAUGAAAACUCGGUUAGCAUUACGAAAAACUGGUCAAUUGGAUCGAGGUGUCAUUCAUUUUGCUCAUAAGAUGUAUACAAAAGAAGGAAUCCGAUGUUUUUAUAAAGGGUAUUUGCCGAAUCUGAUUGGGAUCAUUCCAUACGCUGGAAUCGAUUUAGCUAUUUACGAAACACUCAAGAGAUCUUAUAUUCGAUACUACGAGACAACUUCCUCUGAACCUGGUGUUUUAGCACUUCUUGCCUGCGGUACGUGUAGUUCGACAUGUGGACAACUCGCCAGCUACCCUUUCGCACUCGUACGGACACGGUUACAGGCUAAAUCUCUCACUCGUUAUACAUCACAGCCGGAUACAAUGUUCGGACAGUUCAAGUAUAUAGUACAAAACGAAGGAUUGACGGGAUUAUAUCGAGGGAUCACACCUAAUUUUUUAAAGGUGAUUCCCGCAGUCAGUAUCAGCUAUGUAGUCUAUGAGAAGGUUCGGACAAGUUUGGGCGUCAAAAUGUGUUAG